GAUUAUAUUGAAAUAUAACUAUAUUUCGAUCCAUAUAUAUUACAUCAUCAUAAUUGAAAAUGCAGUCGGCCAAAGAGACCGCCUCCAACGCCGCCGCCUCCGCCAAGGCCGGCAUGGAAAAGACUAAAGCCACCCUUCAGGAAAAGGCGGAGAAGAUGACAACUAGAGAUCCAAUGCAGAAAGAGAUAGCAACAGAGAGAAAAGAUGAACGAAAACAGGAAGCGGAGAUGGAGAAACAGACUGCCAAGGAGCAGAAUGCCGCGUCCAAGGCGGCUGCCGCCGCCGGAGGGACCCCGGCUUUCACCACCGGAGCUGGUAACCCGGAUGCUGCCGGCCGCCGCCAUGGAACCGGAACCACCUCCGUGCUCUAAUUAAUAAAUUAAGGGUCUGUUU